AUGGCGACUAAUUCAAUCAAAUUAAUUUCCAGUGAUAUUCAUCGCGGGUUAGCCGAUUCCGUGGCUGCUAGACUUGGCCUUGAUCUUUGUAAGGUGGACAUAAAGAGAGAGUCUAGUGGUGAGGUGAUGUUUUCCAUUGCCGAGUCCGUUAGAGAUGAGGAUAUCUACAUUAUCUCUCAGAUCUCUUGUGGUGAUGUCAAUGACAGAUUGAUCGAAUUACUUAUAAUGGUAAAUGCGUGUAAAACAGCCUCGGCAAGAAACAUUACCGCAGUGAUUCCAAACUUCCCAUACGCUAGACAAGAUAGAAAAGAUAAAAGCAGAGCUCCAAUAUCUGCUAAAUUAGUUGCUGAUAUGUUGACCACUGCUGGGGUUAACCAUAUUAUUACUAUGGACUUGCAUGCUGCGCAAAUCCAGGGGUUCUUUGACGUUCCUGCCGAUAAUCUUUACGCCGAGCCAAGCGUUCUUAGAUAUAUCAAGGAAAAGAUCGAUUACAAGAACGCCAUUUUGGUUUCUCCAGAUGCCGGUGGUGCCAAAAGAGCUGCGUCUUUGGCCGACCGUUUGGACUUGAACUUUGCGUUGAUCCACAAAGAAAGAGCUGUUGCUAAUGAAGUCAGCCGAAUGUUACUUGUCGGGGAUGUGACUGAUAAAAUCUGUAUUAUAGUGGAUGAUAUGGCUGAUACCUGUGGUACUUUGGCCAAAGCCGCUGAUAUUUUAUUAGAGCAUAAUGCAAAGCAAGUGAUUGCUAUUGUCACCCAUGGUAUUUUAUCAGGUAAUGCCAUCAAGAAUAUCAAUGGUAGUAAGUUACACAGAGUUGUGUGUACCAAUACCGUUCCAUUCGAAGACAAGUUGAAGAUUUGUCCAAAGUUGGAUACCAUUGAUAUUAGUGGUGUAUUGGCUGAAGCUAUUAGAAGAUUGCAUAAUGGUGAAAGUGUUUCUUAUUUGUUUAGACAUUCUCCUUUAUGA